UUUCUGUGUACCCAAAUUAACUGCCUGCGUGUCUAUUUAUGGGCUAAAGCCAUUUUUUGCAAUGCUACACUAAUACUAGAUAUUUUCACCAGAAAAAUGAAGGGUCCAUUGAGUGGGAUUAGGAAGGAUGUUGCUGCUAGAAUAUUUUGUUACAAGCAGGAUUGGAUUGACGGCUUUCGCACUGGAUUCGGCUCUUCCUGUCAUUGCCUUUGGAGAGCAGAUCAGCAGGGAAACUGAUGGGAGCUUGAGCACUGUGGAAACUCUUGCAUCGACGGCUAUCUGUGGCGUCAUACACUCGAUCAUAGGCGGACAACCACUGCUGAUACUAGGAGUUGCUGAGCCAACUAUGAUUAUGUAUUCUUUUCUCUACAAAUUUGCCAAAGGGAGACAAGAUUUGGGGCAGAAGCUCUUCUUGCCUUGGGCUGGAUGGGUUUGUGUUUGGACAUCUCUCUUCUUGUGUCUUCUUGCAAUCUUCAAUGCUGCUUCAAUCAUACACAAAUUCACCCGAAUCGCAGGGGAAACAUUCGGCAUGUUGAAAACUGUCCUCUUCAUCCAAGAAGCUAUCAAGGGAAUGGUGAGUGAGUUCAAGAUUCCAAAAGAUGAGGAUCCUAAUCUGGAAAAGUAUAAGUUUGAAUGGCUCUACACAAAUGGCUUGCUUGGCGUCAUCUUCUCGUUCGGCCUCCUAUACACUUCUUUAAAGAGCAGACGAGCACGAUCAUGGUGGUUUGGGACGGGCAGAUUCAGAAGCUUUGUUGCAGACUAUGGCGUGCCGUUGAUGGUCUUACUCUGGACUGCAGCAUCAUUCGCCAUACCUAAUCCCGUCUCAUCUAGAGUUCCUCGAAGAUUAUGUAGCCCUCUUCUAAUGGACUCACCCUCUCUUUACCACCGGACAGUGAUGAAGGACAUGCCUAAGGUUCCGAUGUUGUACAUAUUUGGUGCGUCGCUUCCGGCUAUAAUGAUAGUCGGGCUCUAUUUUUUUGACCACAGUGUCGCCUCACAGCUUGCUCAGCAGAAAGAAUUCAAUCUCAAGAAUCCAUCUGCUUAUCAUUACGAUAUCUUGUUGUUUGGUUUGAUGACUUUACUGUGUGGAUUGAUGGGACUGCCUCCUUCGAAUGGAGUGUUGCCGCAGUCUCCUAUGCAUACGAAAAGCUUAGCUGUUCUUCAGAAACAGAUCAUUAGGAGGAAGAUGGUUGAGUGCGCUAAACAAGGCAUUAAGCGCAAUGCGAACGCCUCUGAGAUCUAUGGAGAGAUGCAGGCUGUGUUCGUUGAAAUCGACAACUCUCCUGUUACCAACAACGUCUUCAAGGAGUUGGAGAAGUUGAAGGUUGUAGUGAUGAGGAUCGAAGAAGAACACGAAUCAAAAUGCAUAUCAAUGGUUGAAAAGCUUAUUGACAAGCACUUGCCUGUUCGUGUGAACGAGCAACGCCUGAGCAACUUGCUCCAAUCUCUCCUAGUCGGAGCAUUGGUAUGCAGCAUGCCCUUGAUCAAGCGAAUCCCAACAUCGGUUUUAUGGGGCUACUUUGCCUACAUGGCCAUCGAUAGCCUUCUCGGUAACCAAUUUUGGGAGAGGAUGGUCUUUCUCUUCGUUGCACCCAGUCGUAGAUACAUGGUUCUUGAACAAUUUCAUGCAUCCUAUGUUGAGACAGUGCCAUUUAGACACAUUGCGGCCUUCACUAUUUUCGAGUUCCUCUUCUUGAUUGUGUGUUUUGGAGUGACUUGGAUUCCGGUGGCCGGGGUUCUAUUCCCAUUACCCUUCUUCCUUCUCAUCGCCAUUCGGCAGCACUUGCUCCCGAAGAUUGUCCAGCCUCAGUAUCUUCGGGAGCUGGAUGCUGCCGAAUAUGAAGAAGUCGAGCCCUCAGCUUGUACUUGAGAGAAGUGGAGGUGCAUUUUCAAGUGAGUGAGCAAGUUGAGAUGGAAAUGUGUGAUGCUGAGAUAUUGGAUGAACUAACAACAAAUAUAGGAGAGCUCAAGGUUAGGAGUUAGCACUUGGAUCAUUAGCUUUAACGAGGAGGAUAAACGCUCUCAUGUUAAAUGAUCAAUCUAUAUUUUUAUGUUUUUAUAUUUUUCUUCUGAUGAAAAAAUCUGGAUAUUAGAUGAAAUAAAUAAUUUGUUGGAAACUGAAUUUGAAUUGUCUAAUUUUUUGUGAUGUUUUCAGUUGUUCAAAAUUUAAGUUUGCCAUUGUUAUAACUA